UUGCUUGACAAAUGUUUUUAUAAAAUUUUCGUUUUUGAGCACUACAGGGAAAAAUCAGUGUUUUUUCCACGUGUCAUUUGCGUAAAGCAAGAUAAAACGCUCGAGCCUGUUGUUAGGGUUGAAGUCGAAUCACAGCUUGAUGAUUUCAUUAAACGACCACUGCGCCUCGAGAAUCCUAAAAUAUAUCAUUUGGAUGUGGGAGCGAUGUAUCCGAAUAUCAUUCUCACAAAUCGUCUUCAGCCCCCGGCAGUUGUUACUAAUGAAGAUUGCAUUGCCUGUAUAUACAAUACACCCGACGCAAAAUGCCGAAGAACGAUGCAGUGGGAAUGGCGUGGCCAGAUUAUGCCUGCGUCACGAGCCGAAUAUGAACGGAUUUUGCAACAAUUGGAAAAUGAGAAAUUUGGAAAACCACCGAGGCCGUUUCACAGCUUGGACAGGGAACUGAGGGCCCAGACUGAAAAGAAACGACGCGAAAAUGCAUUUUAUGUGGAUACGGUGAAAGCAUUUCGAGAUCGGCGAUACGAAUACAAAGCAUUGCUUAAAGCAAGUACAGUGUUGUGUUUUCCAAAUUUCGAGGAAAAAGUGGCACUUGAAAUUUAA